AUGCAUAUGAGUGAUGAUUGCCCAAGUCACUAUGAAGAAGUUUCUGCUAUGUAUCAAGGCAGACAAGGACAAUACUCACAGAGGAACCCAUAUUCCUCAACUUAUAAUGAGGGUUGGAGUGAUCACCCUAAUUUGAGGUGGAAGACCAAUGAUGAUAGGCAAUUAACUUCACAACAGAAAUUUCAGAAUCAAAGGCCAUCUUUCGAGUCAAAUUCAAGAGUCAUAGUUCCUAUUCAGAACACUCUUUCUUCAAACGAUGGUAUUGUUGAGUUGCUUAAAGGUAUGAAAGAAGGAAUGAGUGAUUUGGGUGCAAGGAUUGAAAGCACUGUAGCUUCUUCUAAUUCCAAACUUAUUGCCAUAGAAUGUAAGUUUGAUAGCAAGUUUGAACAAUGGGAAAAUAAAACAAACAAUCUUUCUGGCUAUGUCACUCAACUAGCUAACUCAUUAAGUGAGGUGCAAGCUAAAAUUGGAGGGAAUUUACCCUCCAACACUAUGACAAAUCCAAAGUCUCCGAAUGUAAUAUCCUUAAGGAGUGGGAAGCAGGUAGGGGCUAGUGAGAAGAAACUAAGAUUUACAAAAGAAUGCUGUCACAAGGAAUCAGAUUCUAGUUCAGAAAAAGAUUCUGCACCUACUGUGCAAUCUGAAAGUGGAAAAGAGAGGACACUCUUACAGCAAAAGAAAACCUCUCAUACACAUUCUGGAGAUAAGGAAGAAGCUGAAUCUUCCCAGGUGCAAGAGGAGAACAUAGGAGUCAUAAGCAACAAGAAUCCAACACAUAUUUCUCAAAUCAUCAAGCAGAAAGGGAAGGAGGUAAAAAUUUUUGAUUUACCAUUUCCUAAUUCAUUUCUAGUAUCUGGAAAGUUAUCUAAUGAUCAACUUAAGAAGGAUGCUAUGAAUUUGUUUGGCAAACUUGCUGUGAAUGUUCCUUUACUUGAUUUCUUGAAAGGAGUACUUAAAUACAUGAGGUUUCUAAAAGAAUUAUGCACAAACAACAAGAAAUGUAAACCUAAUGAGAAAGUGCAAUUGGGCUCUAAUGUUUCUGCCAUUUUUAAACCUCAACUACCUAUUAAGUGUGCUGAUCUUGGAUCUUUCACAAUACCUUGCACUGUUGGUCCAUUGAAUAUUACUAAUGCUCUUUUGGACUUAAGAGCUGCAAUUAAUGUGAUGCCUAUUUCUUUAUACACAUCUUUAGGCAUUCAAACUAUUAAAAGCACUAGCAUGUUAAUAAAACUUGCUGAUAGGACCAUUAGGAAGCCAAAAGGGUUGUUGGAAGAUGUCUUGGUGAAUGUCAAGGACUUGGUUAUCCCUGCAGAUUUUUAUGUUUUGGAUAUGGAUACCCUACCCCAUGUUCAAGAAACACUGGUUUUGGGUAGACCAUUUCUUAGGACUACUAAUACAGUGUAA